CUUUCUUCUUCAAAUCCAUCUAAAACCAAUCCAUCAGUGGCACAAUGGUGGAAAACCACCGAAAAAUACUACCAUCUCGCUAAUUCUAACAACACCCUUUCCCUUAAUUUGGGCAAACAGGUUCUCAUCGAAAAUUAUUCUCUAGGAAAAUCACUGACCCAGAAGCAAAUCGUGCAAUUGGCAUCAAAGGGUGAACAGAAAGACGCCAUUAAUGUUGUAUUGACCGCCUCUGAUGUUGCGGUUGAUGGGUUCUGUGUCAAUCGAUGUGGAACUCAUGGGGCUUCUAAGGGUGCUGUUAUUAAGGGAAAAACUUAUAAAUUUGCUUAUAUUUGGGUUGGUAACUCAGAGACUCUGUGUCCUGGCUACUGCGCCUGGCCAUUCCACCAGCCCAUCUACGGACCACAGACCCCACCAUUGGGUGCACCAAACAACGAUGUGGGUGUUGACGGUAUGGUGAUUAACUUAGCUAGCUUAUUAGCUGGAACCGCAACAAACCCAUUUGGAAACGGUUACUACCAGGGCGAAGCAGAUGCGCCAUUGGAAGCUGCAUCUGCUUGCCCUGGUGUGUACGCGAAGGGCGCAUACCCAGGCUAUCCCGGAGAUUUAUUGGUGGACAAAACUACAGGGGCAAGCUACAAUGCACAUGGUACAAAUGGAAGAAAAUACUUGGUUCCUGCUUUGUAUGAUCCUGUUACAUUUACAUGCACCACUUUGGUCUAGAAAAUUAGUGCACUAAUUUUGUAACUAUUGAUUCAUUCAUUCAUUGAUCUGUUAUGCAAUAUCCGAAAAUUUACAAUCACAAGAGUAUACUAUUAAUCAAUA